CGGGGCAGGAAAUUAAAUGUGUCGCGGGAUUAUUUUUCAAUGGAACCCUGCCUAAAAGCUCUAACAUGGAGAACAGAACAUUAGAAAUAAAUCUUAUCUCUGCCAGAGACCUCAAAGACGUCAACCACUUCUCCAAGAUGGACGUAUACGCCGCCGUCUGGCUCUCCGGCGACUCACAAAUCAAGCAAAAGGCCAAAACCAACGUGGACCGAAACAGUGGCACCAGCCCCUCGUGGAACAACUUCCCCAUGAGGUUCACCUUCGACGAGUCUGCCGCCAACCAAAACCGCCUGAUCCUCGUGUUCAAACUCCGCUGUGAGCGCAGCCUCGGCGGCGACAAAGACGUCGGUGAAGUGUACGUGCCCGUCAAAGAGCUUCUCGACUAUGUAGGAGACGGCAAGUCCAUGCAGUUCGUGAGUUACCGGGUGAGAAAACCCUCCGGAAAGCCCAAAGGCGCGCUAAACUUUUCAUACAGGUUUAGCCAGAAAGUGGCUUAUCCGGUCGAGCCUAGUGCGCCACCAUUUCAUGGGUCAUAUCCUCCUUCCCCUCUAGGAACACCCAUUCAGUUUGUAAAUUACCAGGCGAUCAGAAAACCCUCAGAAAAGCCAAAAGUCGUUAAUGGUGAGGCUCAUGAUCAACAGCCAGUCACUUCAUAUCCGGCUCAGCCUAGUGCACCGCCAUAUACUUUUCCUCCUCCAGUAGGAUAUGCAUAUGCUAACCCACUACCGCCGCCGCCGCCGCCAUCAUACCAGCAAUAUGGUGGGUACCCGGUACUUCCACCGGGAUACUGGUACCCGCCGGUGCCGGUGCAGGUGCAGCAACCACGGAAGAAGUCUGGGACGAGGUUGGGAGCUGGACUGGUAGGAGCGAUCGGAGCGGUAUUGAUGUUGAAGGUAGCCUUGCUGGCAUGCUGGCCGCUUUGACGCCGGAUCCGAUCAAGUGUAACUGUGUAAGGUGGUCAGUUUGCAAUUACUUUAUUUUCAUAAGGGAAAAAUGUAAAAUUAGUGCAACUAUUUAUUUCUUAUAAUCAAUUUUUGUCUAUUGAAUUAA